AUGUACAUCCUCCCGCUCCUCGGCUAUGCGGGCCUGAUCCUAGGCUUCGGCUUCCUCACCCUCUCCAUUGCCUCGGGCCUCUACUACCUUUCCGAACUCGUCGAGGAGCAUUCCGUCUUCAGCGCGAAACUCCUGAAACGGCUCAUCUACGGCGUCGUCGCUGCACAGAUUCUGCUUUGGCUCGUCGACGGAUUCCCCUGGCACUUGAUCCUACUGGGUGUGGCCAGUCAUGGGGUGUACGCGACGAACCUGCGACACUUCCCGAUCGUCAAACUAUCCGACACUUUCUUCCUCUUGAGCUGCGGGCUCGUCAUACUUAACCACUGGUUGUGGUUCCGCCAUUUCAGUGCCCCAAGUGGCCCAUACAGAGGUGCCCCGCCCAGCAGUCGACGCGACUGGUAUGCGGCACCGGUCCAUGACCAACCCACCUUCACCGAGAUCGCGUCAUACUUUGGCCUUUGUGUUUGGCUGGUCCCGUUCGCCCUGUUCGUCAGUCUGAGUGCGGGAGAAAAUGUGCUGCCCAGCAUGGGUUCGGAAUAUGCCACGGGCGAAAGAGAGGGCGUCGGGUUCUCGGGAGGUCACGCGAGGAGGAAUACCGGCAUGGCCAAGGCCGCUCUCGGCAGGGCGAGGGACUGGUUGAAUGAGACGGGUGCCGUCAUGGGCUUGUGGCAAGCAGACAAUGUACGGCGCGUCAACGCUUUUGAUUGA